AUGUUGAAGAACAGAGUGGAGAUGAAUCGAAGAAGGCUCGACUUCAGCGAGGAAUCAAGCAGAGAUGAAAACGAUAGCAAUUAUCUAGGGUUCUAUGAGCUGGGACGAGGAGGGAACAGAUAUCGAGGAGAAAAGAGAAAGCGGAACAGAGACUUUUCUUCUCUAGGCUACCCAUGGGGAAGUGUUUAUAAUAAAGACAUAGACCCUAGAGACAAAAAGAAGUGCCGCACCCAAUACCAUGGAAACGACAACAGCGACGGAUUGAACACGCCUAUGUCGGUUGAGAGCCAAUGGUCAGUUCAUAGUGAAGAUUCGGAGGAGUUUGACGAGAAGCUAAUGUCCUUAAGGUUUCUUAUUCUUGAGGCCGAGGAAGAGAUGAGGAGGAUUGUCAGGGGAAGGAUCAACAGACACCUGGAGAUGAACAGAGAGGCCAACGAGAAGAAAAGGGAGAUAAAAAGAAGAAAGAGAGAAGUGCUGGAAGAGGUAAAUAAAGUGGAGCCUGAGGCGGGCAGGAAGUCCAGGGAUUCUGAGUCGCUGUCGGUAUCUCAGGAGGAUUCCGAUACAAGGAAAGCAGGAAUAGAAAGCUUUGCAGACUUUGAAACAUCGAUGUUCCCUUAUAAAUCCAAGAAUGGGGUAAAGUCCUACGUCUGCCCGUACGAGGGAUGCACUAUGGAGUUGCCUACCUUGAGUAGAAUUAAAAGGCACUACAUAGUUCAUACCAGAUUGAGGCCGUUCAAGUGCUUGAACAAGGACUGCAACAAGAGGUUCUCUAGAAAAGACAAUAUGCUACAACACUACAAGAUCCACUGUAGCUACAGUAAUUACAAGUGA